AUGGUGCGCCCCCGGGGCCUCUCCAAUAUCUCGACUGCAUCCUCAGUUCCUGAGCAGGAGCAGGAACUGGGGAGCAUGUAUGAUUACCUCGCAAAGGUAAUCCUCGUGGGGCCCAGCGGGGCAGGAAAAUCCUGCGUGCUCCAUCGGUUUGUGAAGAAUGAAUGGCGAGUUUUAUCAUCACAGACCAUUGGAGUGGAGUUCUCUUCUCGCAUUGUCAAGCUGGGUACGGGCUCGAGAUGCAAACGCAUCAAGCUGCAACUCUGGGACACCGCUGGCACUGAACGAUUUCGAUCUGUAUCCCGCUCCUACUACCGCGGCGCUGCAGGCGCCAUCUUGAUCUACGAUGUCUCCUCAUACGCCUCGUUUGCCUCUCUCCCCACCUUCCUCAUGGACGCACGAGCGCUAGCGUCGCCGAACCUGACAGUCUUACUCGUUGGAAAUAAAGCCGACUUGGCGGAUACGACAGCCUCGGAUGCCUUGGAAGAUUCCGCGCGACCCCCUCCAACUCCUUCAAGCACCUCAAGUAAACAGUCGUCCAACCCUUGGGACGCCAACGCCUCGAUUCGUUCCAAUUACCUGGGUACCGGUACUCGCAUGACCGCCACACUUGCUGAAGGCCGAGAAGUAACUCUCGCGGAUACGACGCGCUGGGCGGCACAGUCGAACAUCCCUGUUGCAGUUGAAGUAUCUGCUCUGACUGGUGAUGGCAUAGAAGAAGUCUUUCACCGGCUGGCGCGAAUCAUUCUCACUAAGAUAGAGCUCGGCGAAAUUGACCCGGACGACCCUCAGAGCGGUAUACAAUACGGAGAUGGUGGUCUCUACGGCCAUGGCACUAGUGAUGUGUCUAGUAUCCGAAGCCGGACAACGCUAGAAGACGGAGCAGUACCUCUUCGACGAACUUCACGACGGGGCGGCAAAGGUUCGAGUAAUCCGCAAGGCUGGAAGGGUGGCUUGAGAGAAUGGGAAGACGUCUUUCGUUUGGGAGGAUCUCAGUCACACGGGAACGGCGGCUGCUGUUAG